ACGCGCACGCCGCGGCUCGAGCUCUUCCCGCUUUGAGCUCGAGGACUGUUCGGUGGAUGACAGUUUGUUUUCACAGGGCCCUGUCUGAAAACAAGAACGAGCGCUUGCACCUUCAGCCACGGGAACCGAGUCUGUUUUCGUCAAGAUGAGACCGCUUAUUCUCAAAUGUACGCGUUUGGUGAGAAGCGUGAGCCACAGGAUGUGAAUCCCGACGACCUGUCUGUGUACAACAGCUGUAGCCGAGCCGAGGGAAAGAGUGCAGUUCAAACAGGCAUGAGGCUGUUGGCCUCCUCGCCACACCGACUACAACAAACACACGUUGUCCCGAUGGAGUUUUAACCCCUGCUGGAGUACACACUGCUUGGUCCACCGAGGCUGGUGAAGAAACACGGGUAUGUAUGAGCACACGCAGAUAUAACCGCCCCUCCCUUUGGUUCGACGCCAGAACUACCCUCGAAUAACGAACAAAACACAAGAGCGAUAGAAAGAGAGUGAGAGACUGAGGGUCCCAUGUGCCAUUGGGCAGCGGGGCUUUCGCCAUGAGCAGUACUCUGGGCAAAGAUAAAGACUCUAAGGAGAGAGAACCCAAAGCUGAAGGGAAAUCCAAAACCAAAGGGAAAGAUGCCAAAGACGGGAAGAAAGACACGAGCGGCGCUUCGCCCGCGGUGGCCUUCACUUUGGACAGCACGAUAAAGCGACCCAACCCACCGCCCAGCACGCGCAAAAAAGCCAGCAAUGCAGAGGUCAGCAAGGAACUGAACAAGUGCCGAGAGGAGAACUCGAUGCGCCUGGAUCUGUCCAAGAGAUCCAUCCAUCUGUUGCCCUCCUCCAUCAAGGAGCUGACCCAGCUGACCGAGCUCUACCUGUACAGCAACAAGCUGCAAAGCCUGCCGGCCGAGGUGGGAUGCCUGUCGGGGCUGAUGACGCUGGCGCUCAGCGAGAACUCUCUCACCAGCCUGCCUGACUCGCUGGACAACCUGAAGAAGCUGCGUAUGCUCGACCUGCGGCACAACAAGCUGCGGGAGAUCCCAGCUGUGGUCUACCGCGUCACCUCCCUCACCACGCUCUACCUGCGCUUCAAUCGGAUCACCACCGUGGAGAAGGACAUCAAGAAUCUGUCCAAACUCACCAUGCUCAGCAUCCGAGAGAACAAGAUCAAACAUCUGCCUGCAGAGAUCGGUGAGCUGUGUAACUUGAUCACGCUGGAUGUAGCCCACAACCAGCUGGAGCACCUUCCUAAAGAGAUCGGGAGUUGCACUCAGAUCACCAACCUUGACCUGCAGCACAACGAGCUUCUCGACCUACCGGAGACUAUAGGUAACCUGUCGAGUAUAAACCGUCUGGGUCUGCGGUACAACCGUCUGUCAGCGAUCCCUCGAUCUUUAUCGAAGUGCCGAGAGCUGGAGGAGCUCAACCUUGAAAACAACAACAUCUCAGUGUUACCAGAGGGUCUUCUCUCCAGUUUGGUGAACCUGACGAGUCUGACGCUGGCACGAAACUGUUUCCAGUCUUACCCAGUGGGCGGACCGUCCCAGUUCUCCACCAUCUACUCACUCAACAUGGAGCACAACCGUAUCAACAAGAUCCCUUUCGGCAUCUUCUCUCGAGCCAAAGUGCUCAGCAAACUCAAUAUGAAGGACAACCAGUUAACGUCUCUUCCGCUGGAUUUUGGGACAUGGACCAGUAUGGUAGAGCUAAACCUGGCAACAAACCAGCUUACCAAGAUUCCAGAGGACAUCUGUGGACUGGUGUCCUUAGAGGUCCUCAUAUUGUCCAACAAUCUCCUGAAGAAGUUGCCUCAUGGGAUAGGAAACUUACGGAAACUGCGCGAGCUUGACUUUGAGGAGAACAAACUGGAGUCGCUCCCAAACGAGAUCGCCUACCUUAAGGAUCUGCAGAAACUUGUGUUGACCAAUAAUCAGCUGAACACUUUGCCGAGAGGAAUCGGUCACCUGACCAACCUGACAUACCUGGGCUUGGGAGAGAACCUGCUGCAGCACCUACCUGAGGAGAUCGGUACACUGGAGAACCUGGAGGACCUGUACCUGAACGACAACCCUAACCUGCACAGUCUGCCGUUCGAGCUGGCGCUUUGCAGUAAGCUGUCCAUCAUGAGCAUCGAGAACUGCCCCCUCAGCCACCUCCCGCCGCAGAUCGUCGCCGGAGGCCCGUCCUUCAUCAUCCAGUUCCUCAAGAUGCAGGGUCCCUACCGCGCCAUGGUCUGAGACGGCUCACACACGACGUUACCUUCGUCGCCAUUAUAUCUAGGACAAGAAACUGCGUAACUGGCUUCCUAUCGGUGGAAGAGUCAAAGCCAGUUAGGUCUCCUUAGAAAACAAUGUCUAGACUUCACUUGCCAAAAUCAGUGUACAUUAGUGAUUCUGAAGAGGCGCUCUUAAAAAAAAAAAAGUUUGUCAUUUUGCCAAUUUAUUGAAAGUCAUUACAGGGGUUUCGACGCCAGGAAACAGUUGUAUGCAAAAACAGAACAUUUCAUUUUUGCUGCUCCCGCCAUACUGUAUGUGAGAGGUUUUAUGUUUUUUUUGUCAUCCCACAACCAAAAGAUUUGUAUUGUACAGAGCACCUGUUUUGGAAGCAGUGAACAAAUUUUAGUUCUUCUUUUUUUGUAUUACUAUUAAUUAAUUGUUAUUAUUCUAGAAUCGUGCCUAUUCAGUGCAGUUGGGUGGUUUGUGUCUGAACAUUAUUAUCCGAGACGUUUUUAAUGCAACAAGGAUGAAUUUACAAAAGUAUAAUUUAUUCCGUAAUUCAU